AUGGAACUCAAAAGGUCGAGAAAAGAAAAGAAGCCUAGCGUAGGUCGCCAAAAGAUCAAAAUAGUGAAAAUAGAGAUCAAAAAUUAUUUGUAUGUCACGUUCUUAAAAUGCCAAUCAGGGCUUUUCAAGAAAGCAAGUGAGCUUUGCAGUCUUUGUGGUGUAGAGGCUGCAAGUAUAAUUUUCUCUUUCGGACACCCUGAUGUUGAGGUGAUGGUGGAUCGUUUCAUCACUCGAGACUCUCCACCGAACUUCACCUUUAGGGCGAGCCCUGAUCUCCUUGAGGCUCAUCACGAUGCCAGCAUUCGUGGACUCAAUUCACACCUCACUCGACUUCAGAAUGAGUUAGAAGCUAAGAGAAAAACCGGUGAAUCUUUAACUAAGUUGAGAAAAGCUAGCCAAAGCUGUUGCUGGUGGGAAGCCCCAAUUGACAAGCUCGGAUUGCUAAAGCUUAAACAGCUUAGGGACUCCAUGGAGGAGCUUAAGAAGAAUGUUACAAAUCAAACUGACAAGUUUUUAGUCAAGGCUAGAAAUGUUUCAAGUUAG